GGAAAUACCUCUGUGAGAAAUGUAAGAAAUGUUCAGCCCAUCAGCGUGAUGAGAUGCGCUGCAGUGUAUAUAAAGACCCCCUGUACUUCCACAAACCAACUCAUCUCAGCAGCAAAGAGGCAAACACACAGAUUAGAAGAAGACUAAAUUCAUGACGUUGCUCUGAACUUUGGUGUGUGUGUGUGUGCACCUGUGCUUCAGACAUGAAUCUCUUGCCAUCUGUAGUGGUGUUGGGACUGUGCUGCACGCUCAGCUCUCUGACGGUAUCAGGAUCUGAAGAGACCGGUUUGAGCAAGUCUUUCAUUCUGGAUACCAUCAAAGAAGCCAAGCAAAUUGUAGACGACUCUUAUUUGUACUCUCGUCAAAAGAGCCUUGACAGGGUGCGCAGGACCGAUUUUAUCAAGCCGUCAGAUAUCCUGCGUCUGAUGAAGCAGCCGAAACGGAAGGCGCGUGAAGCCGUGAGGGCUGCGGAUUACCUGGAGCAGACGUUGAGGCUCAUCUCAGAGAAAACACACCAUGCACACAAGAGAUCGAUCAACGCCACAGCAUUGCUUAGUCAUGAAGACCUUGAGAUGAUCGCCCGUCUGACUGGCUGUCACGCUCAAACCCAGCCACCUCCAUGCCGAACGACACCAGAUCUUAACAAAUAUCGUACGGCCACCAGUGUCUGCAACAACCAUGUACAUCCACUUCGAGGUGCUUCAAACACAGCUUUCACCCGCUGGCUGCCUCCUGUUUAUGAAGAUAGCAUCUCCCAACCUCAAGGAUGGAACCCAGGAAGAAGCUAUAAUAAUUUUUUGCUACCUCUGGUGAGGCUGGUAUCAAACCGUAUUUUCAGCACACAGGACCAAAGUGUUCAAGGAGACAAUCAGUACACACUGCUUAUCACCUUCUUCGGCCAGUGGAAUGACCAUGACCUGACCUUCACCCCCAUGUCUCCCAGCAUCCGGUCCUUUAGCAACGGCAUUGAUUGCGAUGCGAGUUGCGAACGCUCCGAGCCAUGCUUCCCUAUUCAGAUUCCUAAAGAUGACCCUCGCCUGCCCUCGGGUCCCAACAGCUGCCUUCCUGUUUUCCGCUCUGCUCCCGCCUGCGGCUCUGGAAAUGGCGCUUACAUGUUUGGAGGUGUUCCAAAGAUACGGGAGCAGAUCAACACUCUGACGGCAUACCUGGAUGCAGGUCAGCUGUAUGGUUCUGAGGAAAAGCUCGCUCUAGAACUCCGGGACCUCUCUAAUGAUGGCGGCCUGAUGCGAGUCAAUGACAGAUUCAAGGACAACGGGCGCGAGCUUCUGCCCUUCACCAAGCUGAACACCAACAUGUGCGCCACACGCAAUCGCAUUCUGAACACCACAGGCCAACAGGAAGUGCCAUGUUUUAUCGCAGGUGAUGAGCGCGUGGACGAGAACAUCGCUCUCACUUCGCUGCACACACUCUUCCUGCGAGAGCACAACCGGGUCGCUCGUGCUCUGCGCCGUUUGAACCCGUUUUGGAGUAGCGAACAGCUUUAUCAGGAAGCUCGCAAAAUUGUGGGAGCCUACCAUCAGAUCAUAGUGUUUAGAGAUUAUCUGCCACACAUCGUGGGACCGGAGGCCGCACGCACAAAGCUCGGCAAGUAUCCCGGGUACAACCUCAACGUUGACCCGAGCAUCUCCAACGUUUUCGCCACCGCUGCGUACCGCUUCGCCCACGCCACCAUCCAGCCCCUCAUCUUCCGUCUGAACGAAAACUUUCGGGAAAAUCCACAGUUUCCCAGCGUUCCUCUGCACCAGGCCUUUUUUACACCGUGGAGAAUUAUAUUCGAAGGUGGGAUUGACCCUCAGAUCCGGGGGCUGAUUAGUAGUCCGGCGAAGCUGAACAAGCAGGACGGGAUUCUGGUGGACGCUGUGAGAGAAAGACUUUUUGCUUUCACCAGCAAAAUCGCACAGGACCUGGGUUCACUUAACCUGCAGAGGAGCAGAGAGCAUGGCCUGCCAGGUUAUAAUGCAUGGCGGAGGUUUUGUGGCCUGUCCACACCCAGGAAUCUCAGAGAACUGAGUGCCGUUCUAAAUAAUGCAAAUCUGGCACGUAAACUCCUCGACCUCUACGGCUCUCCUGAUAACAUCGACCUCUGGGCAGCGGGUAUUGCAGAACCAUUCGUCGCCGGAGGCCGAGUCGGGCCGGUGUUCUCCUGCAUCAUUACUUCUCAGUUCCAGAAUAUUCGCCAAGGAGACAGGCUCUGGUGGGAGAACACUGGGGUUUUCACCCCACAACAGAGAGAUGCACUGAAUAGAGUGUCUCUAUCUCGCAUCAUCUGUGACAACACCGGCAUCAGCAGAGUUCCUAGAGACGCUUUCAGCUUUAGUCCCAACCAAGCAAGCUUCGUCAAUUGCAGAAGCAUCCCGGUCGUCAACUUGAGUGCUUGGAGGGAAUCAAGGGAGGGUGAAAAUGUCCUUGAUGAAAACGAGAUUCUAGGAAAAGAACAAACCGAUGACCUACAGGACGUAUUGGACAACCAGGUUCCAGGAGAAGAAGAAUCCAAUGACCUCCAGGACUUAGUGAACGUGCUGGACAACCAGAAAUGAGAGACCCCAGUGGUCUAUAUUGAAACCCCUGGACCCCCUGGAUACCCCUGAACCCCCAGGUUCUUGCAGCAUCCUGGAUGUCUGUGGACCCCUCGACCAUUUAUCCUUCUUUCAUCUAUAAACAUCUAAACCUCCACUAUCCCUAGAAAUCCGAGUUCACCUGGAACAUACAUGAAAUCAGCGACAUCUGCAGUGUCAAUGGUCUACCACUAGGGGUGCAUGUUCUUCAAAGGCAUCAUUUAACACUCAAGUUUUGUUACCUAGCAAUAUCCCAGGUUACUUAUACAAUCACACAACAUAUCCUUAUAUCAGUGAUUAUCGGUAACAAUAACAAUAGAAAGGGAUGAAUAUUUUGAGGUGGUUUAUAUACACCAGUACGCACAAAAGGACUGCUUUUACAUGGUUAUACAGUUCUUAUAUACAUCCUCCUUCCCUUUUCUCCUCCCCUGUGCACUGUUGUUUUUUUUUAGGUUACAAAUGAAAACAUUUUAUAGCUUCUUUCUAAAGAUAAUUGCUUUUGAAUGCUUUGUUAAUAACAUUUUAAUACACUGGCUUGAAGAAAAAAGAUUUACUGUGAAGGUAUUCAAUCAGACUCCUGUCAAAAUGAGUUAUGGUGCUAUAACGCUGAUGCUUUCUUUUUUUACUGAAGACCUAAAUGAGAUUUACUGCUCAUAUACCAGAUAACUCAGAUACCAGAGUUUUGGCAAAUUGACAACAUUUAGAAUAAGAUGAUGCAUUGUGUGAUCUGCUACAUAAGAUCUGUAUUCUGGUCUGAUCAGCGCUAUAGUUUUUACAUAUACUGCAUAUUUUUCAUUCUAUAAUACAUGCUCUCGUUGCCUUUUUUAAAUGUUGUGUUUUAUAUUUUAUACACAUUUUAUAUUGUGUUAUAAACCAGUUUGCAAAUAAAAUGAUAUACCUGGUCUGUGCAA